UAUAUUCAAAAUUAACUCAAUAGUGUACCUAAAUUUCCUGAUGUUUAUAACUCAAGCUACAGUACAAUUCACAUGACUCUUAAGUUUACGAAUCUACAACCGACAUAACAAUUACAUAAUUAAUUGUUAGUAGCAUAGAUUAUAAUAAAAAGUGAUAACAAGCUUUAAUUGAUUUUUUAUUAUUGUCCAAAUAUGGAUAAAGAGCGAUACAGAGUGAGGUGAAUUCAAAUAAGAAGUAUUUCAUCCAAAAGAUUAUAAUUCAUUCAAAUCUGUAAUGCAAACUUAGGAGCAAUGUGAACUGUUCAAAAUAUCGAUAAGACAAAUGGCUAAUCGAGCAUGUGAUUGAACGUUAAUCGGUAGUCAAGGAAUUUUCUUAGGUUGUAUUUCACAGUGGAAACAGUGAACCUGUUUUUAGGUUUUUGGUCGGAUUAGGCUUUGGGUUGAGGUCAGUUGGUGUUAGAGUCGUAAGAUUCGAGGCUGCGUCGCAGCUGGUGCGCGGUAGGCAACCGUGAGCCUUGCGCUGUAACGUGUCCUGUCAACCGUCGUCGACGGAACGAGAAUCUGUGAUUCUGUGGGAAAGAUGGCUACAAAUGUUGCGGCGGCUGAACACCAGUACUUUUACGAAGAUGUCGUUUAUCGUGUGGACAAACGGGGCAACGUCGAGUUUGGAAUCGUUAUGGAGAACGACGACCUUGAUUCCUCGGAGGAAAGCUUCGACAGUGAGGAAAGCCCUAAGCGCAAGAAGGGUGAGAUUCGCACGGUAUGGCAUCCUUCCGGCGUCGAGGAAGUCGUCAAUUCGAAAAAGGUACAUCUUGCUGAUAGAACACUGAUGCCUGGUGAUGUUGUAAGACGUAUGAUCAAGGGAAAGGAUACACAGAGGGGUUAUUGCAGAGACAUUGAGCUCACUGCCUGUUUACAAGUCAUCGGUACUAAACAGGUCCUUACAAACAUCAGGAGUGAAGAUUUGGUUCCCUUGGAGGAAUUUGCAUCAGACAUUGCGGUGUGCAUGGAUUCCUGGGUCGGAGGUAUCAGGAUGGUCCAUUUCAAGUUAUGGCUGGCUACCCCUGAUGGUUCGCGAUGUGUCCUAAAUGAAAUGGAUGCAAGAGCCUUGGAACAAUUUGAAGAAAAGCGAGAUAAUGAUAAUGAUUUUCCUCACUCUUCCGAGUUUUACCCUGGUCAAAGUCUCUGGGGACCAGUGCACUGUCUUGAAGAUGCACAGUGGAUUCAGUGCAGCAAAGAAAUGAAAGCAAAGCGGAAAGUAAAACCUCAAAAAAUCACAAAAGUGGUUGUCGAGAAGGUGGAAAUAGAUUGGGUAGGAGUGCACUGGCAAUGCAGAGCCUAUUCGAAGGAUGGAGCUGGUACAGAUCAAACUCAACCCAAAUUCGUAGUGGAGGGAGAGGAUUUAAAGAAACUUAAGUUAUUGAAUGUCUUUGAGCCGUCCACACUACAGGUAGGAGAUCGGAAUUUCUACGUGAUCAAAGGGAACGAAAAUGUCAUCACCCGGGAGCAAUGGCGUAAGCAGCAACGAGAUAUUUUCCAAGUUCCUAAGCACAGUCCUAGGAAGACUCGCGUGAAUAUUAAUGUAACUAAACCUGCAGAAGAUAAGAAAAAUAGAGAAAAAUCAAACGAACCGAAAAUCUUAGGUGAACGUCGGGAGAUUAAUUUUCAAAAUAAUAUAAACACAGACAACGUACAAAAUUCAACGAAUAAUAGCCUAAUGCCAUCUUCACAGAAUCAGAACGCUGAAAGUUCUGAUGACUGGGAUUCUGAAGAUACGGGAUCUCAAAGUGAUACAGCUUCAGUCUCUAGUGGAUGCUCUAGUGUAACGUCCACCGGUAAAAAGAAGAAGGGUCCUGCACUAAUGACAAAGGUCCUCAAGAAGAAGAAACUGUGCAAGGCCAAGAAAAAGGUACCAUCAGUGCCCUUGAUACCAGGAACUAAAAUUGUCGUGGAGACACUCUCUACAAGUACUAAAGCUAAUGUUGUUUGGCAAGACGGUUCAGUAGAAUUGGGAAUUCCUUCCACACAGCUUUAUCCCAUCCACCAUUUAGAUGAUCAAGAGUUUUUCCCUGGAGACUUUGUCGUGGAUCAGAAAGAAGAAUCCAGGAUGUAUGGUGUAGUUCAAAGUGUAGAUCACCAAGGUCGCACAGCCAAAGUCAAAUGGUUUAGGACGUACACAUCAAGUCAGAGUCCCCAGCCGACUUUAUUAGCGGAACGCGAAGUGAGUGUUUAUGAUCUCAAGGACCAUCCUGACUUUCAGUACAGACCGGGCACCCUGGUCAUUCGAAUAGCAAAUUUCGAAGGCGAGGAUGCAGGCUGCACCGCGGGUCAGGUUCUAGACAAUUACCCUGAGGGUAGAGUGAAGGUUUGGUGGGUUGAUGGGCACGUGAGCAUGUGUUGGCCGCAGGAUCUUUAUAAAAUUGGUGAGUAUGAUAGCGAUGAGGGAGAGCUAUGGGAUGACGUGUCCUCAGGAGGAUCGUGGGAAACGGAAUUUGAAGAUUGCUUUAUAGCCGACAAUGACGGCACCGAGCAGACUGAAAAUAUCAAACCAAAACUCGCAGCUCAUAUUGAGAAAGCCAGAAUCGCUAUGUCUAGGCUCGAAGAGAUUUUCACGCAAAAUCCAUCAUUACAAACCACGGAGGUCAUGAGAAAACUCCUGGAAGUGUACAAGGAUUGCAGAUAUAUGGAUAAAUUGAUGGGAACUUCAUUCUUCCAUGAAAGCCACUUCCAAGGUUUACUGGAACGAGUACGAGAACGCGGAAGAGCUAACGUUGCUCAAAGGAUGGCUGAUCAAGUUACCAGGUUGUUUACUCAUCAAUCCGGAGGAGUAGAGAUUGAUGCUGAGCAAGACAAUAUUGAGAACACUAACAGCAUUCAAAAUGCAAAUAACGCCCUGGAAACGAUUGCUUCGAAGAUUACCGAUACAGUGGAAGCAGCUGGAAAUGCUAAAAAAACAAACUCUAAGGAUCAAGUGAACAAGGGAAAAGAGGAAGAAAUCAAUCGACUUUUUAUUAAAAUCAAUCAAAAUCCUGAGGAUUCUGGACUUUUUUCAGCUGAAAACUCAAAGAAGGAAUCAGGUUCAAGUGAAUCUAGCGGUGAAUUUCUGCUUAGUGAAGAUGUUAAUAAUUUGGCAGAUCGUUCUCCGGGUCUGGAAACAGCGAAACUAGAGAAGGAGGAGGCUACUAAAAUUGAAAAGACUGCAACGUUUCAGGAACAUAUUUCAUCUUCGCACGUGGCUAGUUCACACGUGUGUGUCAAGCUUUGUACUUUAAUAAAAGCUCAGUUGGUUCUGGCUCAUGCUGAAGUCUCUAAGAGAUUUGGCCUUUCGAGGAUGUCACUCUCAGAUGCUGCAAAAAACACAUCUCCUCAGAAGAAACAGAAGAAGGAAGAAGAAAAACCAGUGGAACUUCCGACAGAAUCACCGGAACCUUCCGAAUCAUCCGUAGAAAUCCCACCACUCGUUUAUACCGAGGGGGAAGGAUUUUCUAUAGACGAGAUUGCGCCGGAUAGCCAUAAAUUCAAGCUAACAAUGUUUCAACCAACCGAUCCUUCGAAUUUCUUCAGAACGGUCUCGAAGGAGCUAAAACUGCUUAGAAGCUCACUUCCCCCAGGUAUCUGGGUAAAGGGUUUCGAAGAUAGGAUAGAUUUGUACUCGGUGAUGUUUCGUGGCCCUGAAAAAACACCCUAUGAAGAUGGUCUUUUUCUUUUCGACUUUCAACUUUCUGCAGACUAUCCUGCAGCGCCUCCAUUAUGUCAUUAUAUCUCCUACUGUAGUGAUAGGCUCAACCCUAACCUCUACGAAGAUGGAAAGGUUUGCGUGAGUCUAUUAGGUACCUGGGCAGGUCGUGGAACCGAGGUCUGGACCAGUUCCUCGACUCUUCUUCAGGUAAUUGUGUCAAUUCAAGGUCUCAUUCUUGUCUCCGAGCCUUAUUUCAACGAAGCCGGUUACGAGAAGCAGAAGGGUACACAGCAAGGUCGUGAAAAUUCAAGAAUGUAUAAUGAAAUGGUUGUUUUGAAACUGGUUCAAGCUCAGACGAAGCUUCUUCAGCAUCCAUCAUCUGUCUUUAACGACAUUAUCACAGCUCAUUUCAAAAGGCAUGCAGACAAGCUUCUUCAAAGGCUUGAUCUCUGGAUGGAGAUAUCGGAGCAACAUAAUAAUCAACAUCCGCUUUCACCAGUGACACCAACAACCUUCAAAGAAAUAGCUAACUAUGAUAAGAAAAUUUUGCCGGAGUUUCCUUUGAUACCUGCAUCCCGAGGGUUUUGUAUCACACUACGUAAAACGCUGUCAACAUUCAAGCAAGUCCUGAUGAAAGAGGGUAUAAUAAGUAAAGCAGAAGGAUCAGAUUCCACGCAAGAAGGCACUUAUAGUCUAAUGGAAUCCAGAAGUAACUCAGACAACUGUGAUGGCGGUAGUGGCAGUGGAACAAUGGGCGUAAUUGGCAGAUCUAAAACUCAGAUCGGCAAGGAUGAUAAAGGAGACAGGAUAAUGGGCACGAUAAGGAAAUCUCACCAGGACCCUUCGCGAUGCUCUACGAGUAUUUCCUCAGCGUUGGGAAGCGACACGAAAAAAGACACUUCGGAGAAGAACACCAGCUAGCCUCAAGGUAAAGCUAAACGUCUAGCUUAUAAAAAUUACGCGAUCAUUCGGUAAUAAUAUAUUAAAUUAAAUUAUUAUUAUAUAAUUAUUAUUAUUAUCACAAUUACUAUUGAGAAUUGAAUAUGUUCGGCGUAAAACCUAUUUAUUAAAUAUUAUACCUGUAAUAUUAUUAUAACACAACACCACUAUUAGUAAGCGAUUCAGAGUCGACACGUCAUUAUGCUGAUAUUCUGAUUACGCCGCUGUCGAUGCUCCGCAGCUAAACAUACAUAAUACCACAUAACUAUACCAUUAGUGAUCGCGAUUAUAGAACUCUUUGAUGAGCUGGAAGUCUCGCCAAUUGCUAUGGAAAUUUUUUUUUUCAAAAGAAACAAGGAUAACUCCCACCAACUAUAUUUCCACUCUCUUUUUCUCACUGUACUACUACAUUCUCUCUCUCUCUCUCUCUCUCUCUCUAUCUCUCUCUCUUUCUUUCUAUUUCUCUCUCUAUGUAUCCUUGUCCACUAGUGGAUUAGAGAGCCUAGACAUAUGUAGAAUACUACGGAAUAUGUUGUUGAGAGUUUUCCAUUUGAGUCAGGCAUAUAAAUACUUGACAAACAAGCGAAUGCGACGGAUAGAAACAAAUUCUCAACAAGCUAUGUAAAUCGGUGGCAAUACGUCAAACCAAGAUAUUAAAAAAAAAAAGAUGAAAAGUAUAUAUGUGUACCUUAAGAUAGUAUGAAGAGAUACAAAGUAACAAUAAUAGCUAAUAAUGACAUUAAAUGAAUAAUGCACUUCAACGUUGACGAUGUCAUUUAACGAAGACUAUUCUGGGCAUAAGGAUGAAUGAAGGACAUAUUAUGGAAUACUCUCUCUCAUAACUUCGUACUCCAAUCACUUAAUACAACAAGUGUCAUAUGCAUCCAUCCACUAAACGAUGAAAUUAUCGAAAGGAAGAUAUUAAUUGAAGCGACUCCUAGAUGUUUAGGCGUUAGCUUAUUGUUAGCUGAAAUUCGUAUACUAUACUUACAAAGACACAAUAUAACUCCUUCUGAGGAUGAGCGUUAUGGAUUAUCUUAGAGUUACUAGCCAGUUCUUUGCAGCGACACGAGACUAGAGACUAGAGAUACACGUAGAGACUACGCGCGCUCCUUGUAUCCUUCAAAAACAUAUGAGAAAAUGAAGAGAAAGAAUAACAAAAAAUAUGAAAAAUUAUUUUCUUACGUAUCAGGCUGAAUUGCGCUUUUUUAUUUAUGUUAUUAUGUUACAAAUUAUUACUAUACCUGAUUUUAUUUUUGCUAAUCAUUCUAUUAUAUGUUCUAUUUCUUCGUCAAUAAAAUCUCUUGAGUGACGUUAUAUAACAAUUAGAUUCAAUUCUUUUGUUUAGUUUAAUAUGUAUUUAGGGUGGUUCAUCCCUUGACUCAAUAUUAAUAAUAAUUUUCUAGUCCUACUUCAAGCUCUCUCUUUAUUUUUUACUAUCCAUCAUCAAGCCUUUACGCUGUUGUACAAUUAUUCUUUUUUUUUUUUAUUGAUUCGUUCUAUAGCAUGCUGUUGUGUCAUUUUCUUCUCUACUUUCUCUCUGUCUAUUCAUGGUGUUUGUUCCUAUCUUAAUUGAAUACUAAUUUUGUUUUGCAAGUGUGCGUGAGACGCUGAAAUGAAAUCCUAAACGCGACAUCAAACAAUUAUUUUGAUCAUCCUACUUUAAAGUUGAAGAACAUGUGCGAAGAGUCCUUCGUUGCUAUAAUCGGCCGCGUUACGUUCAGGGCGAGAGAAGUAUUUUUACGGGGAACUAUAAAAAAAGAAGGAAUACCAUUGAACAGAAAAAAAGAAUUAUAGUAAGAUUCACAGCUCAUGCGGAGUCAACUUAAAUGGUGCUUAAGGUUGUAAUGUGAGAUGUUAAUGGAAAAAGUGGACUUUAACGAAAGGUGAUAAGUCAAUGCGUGGUUGCCCGCCAGCCGGUUUAUAUUAAGAGAGGAAUUUUUUGAUAAAGAUAAUAUUGAUGCGAUAAGAGAAAAAGAUGACAAGAGAAUGGUGUGGCUAAUCUUAAAACAGCGCAAAGGAAUAAAUGACAAGAUUCUUGGCGAAAGAAUAGGAAAAGAAAUAAACGUACACAGAGCUAGUACACGUUUAACCAGAAAAUACCAACUGUGAAAAAUUUAUAAUUAAUACCGUAUUGAGAGAAAGUCGAAUAAAAUAUGGAGGAUUAUAUUAAGAGACGACUCUUUGCGAUUACACCAGAAUGUAAUGUUUGGGAUGCCUUGUAUAUGUGCCAGCUAUUUCUAUUUAUAUUAUAAUAAUUGUAUUCGUAAGUCGUGUAAGCCGUUUUAUUUGGCAUUAUGGUUUUUCUCACAUGAGAGCUGAGAGCGAAGAGGGGCUGACAGAAAGCCGACGGCGACAAGGAACACCUAAUAUCGACAGGAAAUGACAGCGACCGUCCCGUCGAUGCCAACGGGUUGAACUGACGCAAUGCCUUUACCUUUAAGGGCAAUAUUUAUUGAGAAAUGCAUACUCAAAUGUGAUGCGAUGUAAUAUAGUGGAAUGCUAUACUCAACUGUAUUGUAAGAAGAAUGCGCGUUGGGAUCAAUGGGACGCGGAACGUUCAUCGCACAACCUUUUCGCUGCCCACGUCUGUAUUCUCGUUUCCUUGAUUUUUCAAUUAAUAAAAAGUCAUUACACGAUUAA